AUGGAGAUGGCCCAUUUUGAGGUGGAGCGUUAUUUUAAGGAUUCGGCUGACUUGCCUGAGCUUAGCCAUUUGUUCCCUCCAGUUAUUAAUGAAAAUGAUGUCGCUAGACUGAGAGAGGAACCCGUAGAAGUGGAAGUCUUUGAGGCAUUAUCUUCCAUUUCAGCAGACAGCAGCCCAGGGCUAGAUGGUUUUGGCUUAGCUUUUUAUUUAGCUUGUUGGCACUUUAUUAAAGAAGACGUGAUGAAAGUUGUGAAGGAGUUCUACAAGGGUGAGGUCUUUCCUAGAGUUUACGCUUCGUCGUUUAUUGUUCUUAUUCCAAAGAUAAAAAAUCCUCAAAAUUUCGAUAAGUUCCGACGAAUCAAUCUUCGUAAUGUAAUCUACAAAGUGUUCUCAAAGAUCUUGGUUGCUAGAUUAUCAUUGUUUCUUGAAAAAAUUAUUUCGCAAGAACAAGAAAUUUUUGUGAAAUGA